AUGAAUGCAGGAAAGAGCUCCCGGACCUUCAACCACUUUUUUCCUCCCAAAAUCAGCACGGUUAUUUUACUUCACGGGUUUGUGGGGCGCGGGAGGGCUGCCAACAUGACCAUGAGCACCGUGAUGAGCUGCCUGGAAGGGUCCCCCCGGGGAAAGGCUGCCGGCUAUUCCCCCGGCGCAUUCCUCUCGUCCAGCCUUGCAGGGGGCAAGAUUUUGCACCCCUCGGAGCUGCUCCUGAACUGGCCGGAGUCCUGGUACGUUGCCCCCCCCGACGAGGGAGAGGGGGAGGGUUGCGCCUGCAUCGAGCCUGCGUGUAAUGCGGGGGAGUGCUGUGACAUCAUCGGGUUGAAUCCGGAGGGGGGGGCUAAAGACGAGGACUGCAGCGAGGGGGGAGGCGAGUUUGAGAAGGAGGAUCCUUCAGGGGGGGUCGUUGAGCCCGAGGAGGCCUGGGUGCUCGGCUGGACCGCAGACUGCCCCCCCCUCGAGGGGGAGCGCUGCGGGGUGUCUCAGGCCAGGCUUGGUUUCGGGGGGGGAGCUCUCCAGUGCCAGGCGAGCGUCCUCUUCCGCGCUCUGGUGAGCACUCGCGCGAGCAUGCACUCCAAACUGCGCAGCCGACCGAUAAGCGCGGUGGUCAGCGACUGGCAGAUGAAGUGGAACUGGGACCUGGUUCUUGACAAGGUCAGCGAGCUCAAUAAGCGCUGGGCGGAGCACAAUGGGGGGGGGGCAAAGCGGGGGGGCGGGUCCCCCAGGGGGGGGGUUGUCGCGCAGUGGUGGAAAGGCGUCAGGAGGACCGAGGCGGGGGGGAAGCUUACCUGGCGGGUGCUUGCCAGCGGUAGCUGGGAAGUGUGGUGAUAGCUUAUGGAGGUGGGGAUAGCUUAUGGUAGACUGAGUUUGGGAGUCCCCUUUGAAGGACGUCAAGCACGCACCUUGACUUGGUGGGGGCUUCUGUCGUUCCGUCAGAAGCACUCCAAGAUUUUCUUCUGUCAGAAGUGUUGGAGGUGGGAAAGAGCCUGACUGAGGUGCAUGGAGCUGGGAGGGGGUGCAAAAUCAUCCUUGUGUGUUGCUUAUUUGAGCGCAAAGGUGGUAAUUAAGCGUUGAGAAAGAGCAGCGGAAGGAAACGCUACAGUCAAAGAUUGAAGACGGUCUUCAGGGAGUCAGGUCGACACAUGUACAAUAGAAAGGUGCAUAAAGGUUCAUCCUUGAAGACAGGAUAGUACUGCUAGUGUAAUUGGAUAUCUCAGAUUAGUCUUGACAGCAUAGCGGGUAGCUUUAUCCAUGUAAGAAGGUUCUUCUUGAAUGCAAACUAUUGUGGGCAGGUUUCCUUUUAAGAAUAGUCGAUCAGAGUGAAAGAACUUAUAUGGUGUAUGAAAUGGAACUAGCGAGAUCAAGUCCGGGGACUUGACCUCCACCAGCGUCAGACUUCACCGAGGUAGCUGGAACAUGACAGUUUGUCUAGAUAGCGUUGACGGUUUGAAGAUGAUUGCUAGGUUAAUCUAAUCGCUUCUAUUUGGUCCUUCAGAAGUGCUAUUGACCUUAGCUUUUAUAAAAGCCAGAUAACGACCAAAG